AGACUGCGCGUGCGCGCUGGGCGGGCGGUGCCGGGGACGACGCUCCCAGCCGCCUGCCGUCUCCCGCGACGGCAUGAAGACCGCCCAGGACGCCAAGGGAGCGCGCGGCGAGCGGCCGCAGAGGAUAGGCCUCUGUCUCGUCUGCGGCCUGCCGGCAGCAGGAAAGUCAACCUUGGCGCGGGGCCUCCGCCACCGGCUGCGGCAGGAGCAGGGCUGGGCCGUCGGCGUCGUCGCCUACGAUGACGUCAUGCCGGACGCGUUCCUGGAGGAAGCGAGCGCGCGGCCAUUGCCAUCCCAAUGGAAAUUGCUUCGACAAGAACUCUUGAAGUACCUAGAAUGCUUCUUGAUGGCUGUCAUUAAUGGGUGUCAGGUGUCUGCCCCACCCAACAGGACUGCAGCCAUGUGGGAGGAUUUUAUAAUUUGCUUGAAGCACCAAGAUCUGGUAUCUUCUGCUGCCCUGGAAACCCAGUCUUGCUACCUCUUAACAAAGACUGCGGUUUCUAGACCUUUGUUUUUGAUUCUAGAUGACAACUUUUAUUACCAAAGUAUGAGAUACGAAGUCUAUCAACUGGCUCGGAAAUAUUCAUUAGGUUUUUGCCAGCUCUUUUUAGAUUGUUCUCUUGAGACCUGUUUACAGAGGAAUGGCCAGAGACCCCAGGCCCUGCCUGCCGAGACCAUCCACCUGAUGGAAGGAAAGAUAGAAAAGCCCAACCCUGAGAAAAAUGCGUGGGAGCACAACAGCCUCAUAAUUCCAAGUACAACAUGUUCUUCCGAGGCCAGCCUGAAGUUGACUGACUUAUUGCUUACUGCUUUGGAAAAUCCAGUAACAUAUAUUGAGGACAAUGUGGAACAAAAGAAAACGGACAGGAUCAUUUGCUCAACUAAUGUUCUGCAUCAAGCUGAUCAGAUGCUCCGAAGGAUUGUCUCUCAGACAAUGAAGGAAGCAAAAGAUGAACAAGUGCUUCCGUUCAACUUGAAGCUUCUAGCAGAAGAACUCAACAAGCUCAAAGCAGAAUUUUUGGAAGAUCUAAAACAUGGAAACAAAAAAUACCUGUGCUCUCAACAAACCAUCCACAUACCAGAUAUUAUUUCUUUUUUUCAUUAUGAGAAAGAUAACAUUGUCCGGAAAUAUUUUUCAAAGCCACACUAAAACUUCUGAACUUCCAAUCAAAUGUCCAAUUUUGGUUAAGAUUAUGUGAACUAAAAUUGUUUUGUGCUACUGGGUGGUUUCUCACCCAAUGACAUGAAUGCCAAAGACUUAUUAAAAAAAAAAGUAACCUUCCACCCUAAA